CCGAAGAACUGUACAACUGAUCUAGAAUUCAUUUUGGUUCUUGAGAUUCCUACUUAGCACUAGCUCGUAUUUUUUUCCCUAGAGUUUAUGUUUUAAGAUCCAGAGUUCUUGUCUCUUUGGCACUCUUGGUUCUUUGUUACUGCAAGAUAUAAAAUAUUUUCCAUUGCUUUUCCCUGAAGAAGAGCCAUUUAGUCUCAAAGCCAGAUUUAAUGGACCUACGUCUAAGGUCUAAAGUACCUAAGGGGAAGGAAAUAUUACUACUUAAGAGUUAAGAGUGAAUUUCAAGUUAAAUGUAGCUACUGGAUAAAUGCAGCUCUAUUUUUAUCAAAAUGUUUGACCUUGCAUAAGAUUUGAUUCUGAAUUCAGAAUUCUACUUGCACACAGUAAUCUUGCCCAACAGCUACUGGGAAAUUUAAUUUCUUUUGCAAUCCAUCUUCUUUAGGACAGAUUUUGCUGGCUGUUUUUCAUGGAGAAAGUCCAAGGAGAAAUGGAGAUUGAGAGAUGGGAAAGAAGCGAAGAGCUGUCAGAUGCCGAAAGGAAGGUGAUUCAAGAGACGUGGAACAGAGUCUAUGCGAACUGUGAGGAUGUUGGGGUCUCCAUUCUGAUCAGAUUCUUUGUCAACUUCCCAUCUGCCAAGCAGUACUUCAGCCAAUUCAAGCACAUGGAAGAUCCACUAGAGAUGGAAAGGAGCCUGCAGCUGCGUAAACAUGCCAGGAGGGUCAUGGGGGCUAUUAAUAGUGUGGUGGAGAACAUAUACGAUUCGGAAAAGGUCUCCUCUGUGUUAGCUCUGGUGGGCAAGGCACAUGCUGUCAAGCACAAAGUGGACCCUGUCUACUUUAAGAUUCUGACUGGUGUCAUACUGGAAGUGCUUGCAGAACAAUACACCAAGGAGUUCAGUGUUCCAGAGGUUCAGAGAGCCUGGGCCAAGAUGAGGAGCCUCAUCUACACUCAUGUGACAGCUGCAUACAAGGAGGAACCCCCAGGUGACAGCGGUGGCAGCAGCAGCUGGAGCAGCAGCAAAGUGGCAGAACCCCUCCCACAAACCUGAAAUGCCGUCUUACAGAAGACUAAACUGGCACUGGAACAGAACAGCACCCAAGAGAACUACAUCUAUCUCCUUUAAUUAUCCUGUGUACAUAUUAGUCAGUGGAAAUGCUUUAUAAUUUCUAUAGCUAAGGCCAGCUAAGCUAUAGAAAAACCAGGUGUGCAUAAACACUCUCCCUGAAGUUAGCCAGGCAAAUUAAAAUCAUGUACACUGUGACGGGGGGAGGGAAUGUAUUGAAUUUCCCCAGAGGGAAAAAAAAUUAUAUAGAUCAUGACUGUUAUGAUUCAUCCACAUUGAUAACUCUGGAGACUUACCAUUUUUGUCUGUCUUGAAGAGGACUUUCCAUCUAACGGCACUGAAUUUAUACGUUUCCAUCUUUUGUACUAAGGUGAGAAUGUACAAGUUCCAGUAUUUGAAUUCUGCAAGUACUUUUGUGUCCAUAUAUCGCUGAUAAGUCCAUGUCCUUGCUUUCCCUCCCACCCAAAACACUAAUGAUGUGUGCAUAAGUGCUUGCAGGAUCUCAUAUCUGCAUGAUACAUUCAGACCAUGUCCUUCAAAGGACAUUUGAUCUCAAUACAUUUAGCCUAAGAUUUCAAAAUCUGCACCUUGGGACGAGACUUAGUCUCGUCUUGUCAUUUUACACUUUUCUCUACUGCUAACUCCUCUGGAUUGGAGUUUCUCUGGAAUUAUAUGAAUUGUGUUUUCAGUCCUCACUGUUUUGUUCUUAGUUUUGUAUUCCAUUACGAUGUUUCUUUCCCCUUUUACAAAACUAACUUUAGAAGUCUUGAGAUAGUAGAACAUUUAGCCAAAGCUUGAAUACCUAAAACACCUGAAACCAAAAAAAAAAUGAUGUAUUAAAAGAACAAAUCAAUAUAUUAAUUUCUAGCUGUUUCAUGAUGCCUAAGAUAUUCUCUAUGUGGGUUGAGUUGAAUCAUUUCAUCCAGUCCUAUAUAUGUUGGCUUUCUGAGGUCUUAUUGGGCUACUUACAAUAAGUGGGUGUGGAAGCACAUUCUUUCUUAGACCUCGUCCCCUGUGAGCAAUUAUAACAGUAUAAAUCCCUUAUAAGUGAAUGAGGUUUAUGCAGGUCUAACUGUACAUAGGAUCGCUGCUGUGGAGUUGGCAAUACUGUGCCCAGAGAUGUUUGGGGUAGCCAUCAUUUUUUAACUGUUUUCCUUCCAGUUCCCAUAAUUAGAUUUGAAAGGAUUUCUGCCAGCAUUUUUGUGUUCCUACGACUUACCAAUCAACUCCAGCAAGUACCACUGCCACCUAAAUGGAAGGGAAAAAUCUGACUGUUGGCUGACUUGGCUGUACAUUUAAUAGAAAACAGAUUUGGAAAAAUCAGAAGGGAAUCCUUCAUGACAUGGAAAUAAGGAAUCAGCCAAUCUGCCAUUAGAGAUACAAGAAUCUAGACUUACAAAAUAUGCUAGUUCUAAUGUUUAUAAAUACACUUUCUUUUCUGCU